UCUCAGGAAUCACUAGGGAAUUCAGAUCUGGCAGAAGCAAUGACGGACUCAGAAAUUUUGGCGAGUGGAUUCUAUAUAUAAAUUGUGGUGAGAGUCAUAGAGUGUUGUUGCGGUUGUGAGCACAAAGAAGGUGAGGGAGGCGAGGUCUGUACUGUUGUUUGUUUUCUUUCUUUUUUUCCCCUCGUUUACGUUGUUACUCUAAAGGUUUGGGGUUGUUUUUUUAAUUUUUUGGGCUUAUUUUUAGUGAACCUCUAAAUAAUUGGUUUCAUAGAUAAUUUUCAAAUGGGUUCCUUACUGAAUUUUCUAUUUAUAUCUGGUUUUGCUGUAGGUUCAACGGGUGCUUGAGAACCCAUGGCCCAAGCUAUAGGUCUGCCCCUGGGCAGAAUAACUAGUUCAAUAGUUGAUGUAGUGAAUGUAGAUACGAAAUACUGAGAUGUUUUUGUUAAUUAUCGAUCGAAAUAAAAAUGAAAAAAAUAAACAAACAGGGUUGUUUAGCAAAAGAGAAAAGGAAGAGUAAACAAAUGGGGGUGUCUGGCGGAAGAGUAAUGGAAGAAUUAAAAAAAACCUAAAUGGGUCAAUCAACUAAAGCCCAAAUAAAUCGGGAUGAAGCAAGCAGUACAACCAAUAAAACAGUUUAUAUAAAUAAAUUAAUAAGACGAUAUUCAUUAAUAUAAAUAGUGAUUUAGGUGAGAACAACUGUUGAAAUUGCAGCACAAUUAUUUUGUAUAUCACAUUUCUCGCUGUUCUCACAGGUAAAUUGUUCUCAUCUGAAUCAUUAUCUUUAUUAAAUGUAUAUUGUCUUGUUAAUUAUUUAUGUAGAUUGUCUUAUUAGGUGGAUUGUUUACUUCAUCCCAUGCUAUUUGGGCUUUUUUUGAUUGACCCAUUUGAGAUUUUUAAAUUCUUCCUUUUCUCUUUCGCCACACCCUCAAUUUUUUAUUUUUCCAAUUCUGUUUCACCGAACAUCCCAAUUUGUUUAUUCUUUGAUUAUUUUUUUCGCUCGAUAAUUAACACAAACAUCUCAGUAUUUCAGAUCUACAUUGACUACAUCAACUAUUGAACUAGAUCUUCUACCCAGGGGUGGACCUAUAGCUUGGGCUAUGGGUUCCCAUACACCCAUUGGACCUGCAUCUAAAUCCAAUAUAAAUAGAAAAUUCAAUAAGGACCCCAUUUGAAAUUAAAUAUUUAGAGGCCCACUAAGAAUAAGCCCAAAAAAUCAAAAACAUCCCCAAACCUUUUAUAGCAACAACCUAAGGGGGAAAAAAAGAACAAAAACAAACAACAAUACAAACCUCGCCUCCCUGACCAUCUUUCUGCUCACAAUUGCAGCAACUCUCUAUGCCUCUCAACAAUUUAUAUAUAGAACCCACUCGCCAAAAUUCUUGAGUCCGCCAUUGCUUCUGCCAGAUCUGAAUUCUCUAGUGAUUCCUGAGACGAUUGAAUCUACUGUAAAAUCGGAAUCUACGGAUGGAGCACUAUGACGGCGAUAUAAAUUAUGGUACCCAAGUAGAAGAAAAAUCAGAACAUGUUCAUAAGAAGGGUGAAGGACGCCUUUUGUUCACAAAGAAGUCUUCUGAUAACAGUUCUGUCAAAAAGGUUGAACUUAAUCAUCAUUAUGACCCAUGUGGAUGUAAAUCUUCCUGUGGGGGGGAGGACUGUUUGUGCUUUUUAAAUAGAACCUACUGUGAAAAGUACUGCGGUUGUCCAAAGAGUUGCAAAAAUCGAUUUAGAGGAUGCCGUUGUGCCAAAAACCAGUGUCGAACUCGACAAUGCUCUUGUGUUGCUGCAAAUAGGGAAUGUGAUCCUGAUGUCUGCCUCAAUUGCUUUGUCAGUUGUGGCGAUGGCACUUGUGGAGCUCCUCCUCCAAAAGAGACAAGCUACAACUGUAUGAAUAUGAAGCUUUUUCAAAAUCAACAUCAGAAGGUGUUAAUUGGUGAAUCUUGUGUAUCUGGAUGGGGAGCAUUCCUAAUGAAUGAAUGCGAAAAGGAUGCAUUUAUUGGAGAAUACACCGGUGAACUGAUAACGCACUAUGAAGCAGAUAAACGUGGGAAGACAUAUGACCGUUUGAAUUCCUCGUAUUUGUUUGAUCUUGAUGAUCAGUAUGUUAUUGACGCAUAUGGGAUGGGAAGUAAUUUACGGUUCGCCAACCAUUCUCCUAGACCAAAUUGCUAUGUAAAGCAGAAUUUGUUAGUGGCUGGCGAUCAUAGGAUCGGAAUAUUUGCGAAGGAAAGGAUAUAUGCUGGGCAAGAACUGUUUAUUGACUAUGGCUACAAAGCAGACGUAGCUCCUUCAUGGGCAAAUGAUCACAAGGUAUCAAGUUCAAACGAGGACUACUCUCAUAGGAGUAGCCGAGCUAAAAAGAGAAUUGGAGCCAAAGAGAAGAUCUCAGAUUCGGAUAAAGACGAGGACUAUACUCCGAGGAGCACCAGAGCUAAAAAAGGAACCCGGGCUAAACGGAAGGUCUCCGAUUCAGAUAAAGAUGAGGACUAUACUCCAUCUAGCAACAGAGGGGAAGGCAUCGCAUCCUUCGUCAAAAAGCCGAGCCAAAAGGAAGGCCUAGGGAUUGAAGAAAGUUAUCAAAGACAAAUCCCCCUUCCUAAAAUAGAAGAUUUUAUACCCACCUUCACAUUUCUUCGGGACUUUAUAGACUUUAUUACUUUGUAGGUCAUUUUCAACUUUCGACAACUUUUCGGAUUUAGUUGUUAUAUUUCUUAACAAACAAUUUUAAAUUUGAUUUCAAAAUCAUAUUCAAGUUUAAAAUAA